GAGCGAGCGAGGGAGGGAGGGAGCGGAGCCAGAGCCGGGAAGACAGCACAGAAGUAUCUAGGGAUAUAUUGUGGUGUGAGAAGUGAUGAAGAGGGAGAUGAAGAAACCUGAGAAGAUGCGGCUGAACUGAUGCCAGGUGACAUGAGCAGAGCCAGGAGUGCAAUUCCUGCCAUCAUUCCAAUAAUGAAAAGGCAAACGCUUAGACAGAGGGACUCUGCCGAGGACUCCGGAUGAAUCUGGCUGCCCGCAUCCUCCCAAGAGCUGGACUCUGAACCCAGAUGGAGCUGGCUGGCGGCAGCCCUGUUUGGGAUGGCGGAAGACCAGGAGCCCCCUCAGCUGGGCCAGGUGCCCCCAGAGCCCAUGGCUCAGCAUUGCAACAGUAACACUUACCGGAGUGCCCAGCAUUCCCAGUCCCUGCUCAGCGGGCUGCUGGCUCUUCGAGACAGCGGAAUUCUCUUUGAUGUUGUUUUGGUGGUAGAGGGCAAGCAAAUAGAAGCCCACCGGAUCCUCCUGGCUGCAUCCUGUGAUUACUUCCGAGGAAUGUUUGCAGGGGGCCUGCGGGAAAUGGAACAGGAAGAGGUCCUGAUCCAUGGUGUUUCCUAUAAUGCCAUGUGCCAGAUCCUGAAUUUCAUUUACACUUCUGAGCUGGAACUCAGUCUGCACAACGUCCAGGAGACCUUGGUGGCUGCCUGCCAACUCCAGAUCCCCGAGAUCAUCCACUUCUGCUGCGACUUCCUCAUGUCCUGGGUGGACGAGGAGAACAUCCUGGACGUGUACAAGCUGGCCGACCUCUUCGAGCUGGGCCGGCUCACGGAGCAGCUGGACUCGUACAUCCUGCGCAACUUCGUGGCCUUCUGCCGGACGGACAAGUACCGGCAGCUGCCGCUGGACAAGGUGUACGCCCUGCUGAGCAGCGACCGGCUGGAGGUGAGCUGCGAGAACGAGGUGUACGAGGGCGCCCUGCUCUACCACUACAGCCGCGAGCAGAUCGAGGCCGAGCAGGUGUCGCUGCUCGAGCCGCCCAAGCUGCUCGAGACGGUGCGCUUCCCGCUCAUGGAGCUGCAGCUGCUGCAGAGGCUCUACGACCGGCUGGGCCCCUGCCCGCUGCGCGACACGGUGGGCGGCGCGCUGCGCUACCACCGCCACGAGAGCCUGCAGCCCAGCCUGCAGAGCCCGCACACGGCCCUGCGCUCCGAGUUCCGCUGCGUCGUGGGCUUCGGCGGCAUGCACUCCACGCCGUCCACCGUGCUCAGCGACCAGGCCAAGUACCUGCACCCCACGCUGGCCGAGUGGCGCCACUUCACGGCCGCGCUGGCCCCCCGCAUGUCCAACCAGGGCGUGGCCGUCCUGCACAACUUCGUCUACCUCAUCGGGGGGGACAACAACGUGCGCGGCUUCCGGGCCGAGGCCAGGUGUUGGAGGUAUGACCCAAGGCACAACAGGUGGUUUCAGAUCCAGUCCCUGCAGCAGGAACACGCUGACCUGUGUGUGUGUGUCCUGGGCAAGUACAUCUAUGCUGUGGCCGGGCGAGACUACCAUGCGGACCUUAAGGAAGUGGAGCGCUAUGACCCUGACAGCAACACGUGGAGCUACGUGGCACCCCUGAAGAGGGAGGUGUAUGCCCACGCCGGUGCCACGCUGGACGGGAAGAUGUACAUCACGUGCGGCCGGCGGGGGGAGGACUACCUCAAGGAGCUGACCCGCUACGACCCGGACACCAACUGCUGGGAGGCCCUGCCCGACGGCCCUGUCCGGCGCGCCUGGCACGGCAUGGCUACCCUGCUGGGCAAACUCUAUGUGAUUGGAGGCAGCAACAAUGACUCGGGCUACCGGAGAGACGUCCACCAGGUCGUCUACUACAGCCCAAGCACCAGGCAGUGGACGGCCGUGUGCCCACUCCCCGCCGGGCACGGCGAGCCGGGCAUCGCCGUCCUUGACAACAAGAUCUACGUGCUGGGCGGCCGCUCCCACAACCGAGGCAGCCGCAUGAGCUACGUGCACGUGUACGACGCGGACAAAGACUGCUGGGAGGAGGGUCCUCAGCUGGAGAACGCCAUCUCGGGCCUGGCCGCCUGCGUGCUCACUCUGCCCAGAUCUCUGCUCACAGACCCCGCGCGCCGCACCCCCGACUGGCACCCGGACCGGGGCCAGCGCGACCCCGACUUGGGCUCCGAGGUCAUGAGUGUGUCUGACUGGGAGGAGUUUGACAACUCCAGUGAAGACUGAACCUCGCCACGAGUCCGGCCCUCUCCGUCCCCAGGGAAGGGUGGGUGGCAGGGCCUCCACGGGGCACGACACAGUGACGCUUCGCCUCCGCCUCUGAAGAUGUCGAAAGCGAGCACGGGGUUUCCGGCCUCCUCCUCGCUGGCCACUUGGCCUCCAGGGCAGAGAACUGGACCUCUGACGAGCUGUGCAAAUGGGAGACUUUCGAAGAGAUUUUAGGCCUCUCCCUGGUCGGCAGACUGGCGGCGUUCAGGAAUGUUCGCCGGGCUCGGGCACCUCGUCCGCUCACCUCAUCCAGGCCCCUCGAGGAGGGAUCCCUCUGCUCCGAGGCUCCCCGAAGCAGGUAUGGAGCUGGCUCUGGUGGAGGCAGAGCCCGGUCGUGCCUCACGGCACAGAAGAGGCCUUGACGGGUGGGUAGGAUAGUUGGGAGCGACUUGGACCAGCUCUGAAGAGGGGAAGGGCGCCG